CAGUCUUCUGUGUUAAUCUUAUCAGAUUUUUUCUAUGUGUAUCAGAAGCAAAACAAAACAAUCUAAAUUUGGGCAUGUUUAGUUUGAAAUACAAAUUAUUAUCAACAUUUGAACAAUUUGUCCAAAACUAAAUCCAUUCAUAUAGGAUUUAGCUUCCCCAGAGCUAAUGGGAAUCAGUGGUUUCAUUGUUUGUCACUAUGGAAACCAGUCAGCCUAUCCUGAAUCACUAUUAGAUCAUACGGAAUGAUGCACAUAUCUCUGUGUAACUUCAUCAUUCAGCAAGUUGGUUUCAUAUACACUUGCUCCAACAGUGUGAUCUGUCCAUAGCAAGUGGGACAAUGCAGGGUUCGCCUAGGAGGCUCUCAGCUGUGAAUUUUCUGAGCACUUUUUUCCAAGGUCGAAGGCACUCUACUUCUGAUCCUUUGCUUCGUUUGCACCAGAGACGACGAAAUUCAGUUAUAGAAGUGCUUUCUUCAUCUUCCCAUCGGGUUAUGGUGGCUAUAUCUUCUGUCAGCACUGCAGAAAUAAAUCCAACUUUUCCUGAAAGAAAAAGAAGUUCACGACGUCCAACACCAAAAUAUACUAAAGUUGGGGAACGUUUACGACAUGUUAUUCCUGGACAUGUGGCAUGUUCAAUGGCAUGUGGUGGUCGAGCGUGCAAAUAUGAGAAUCCAGCACGCUGGAGUGAGCAGGAACAAGCCAUCAAAGGGAUUUAUUCCUCCUGGGUCACAGAUAACAUACUUGCAAUGGCCAGACCAUCAACUGAGCUAAUUGAAAAGUACAACAUCAUUGAACAGUUUCAAAGCUAUGGCAUAAAAACAGUAAUUAACCUUCAGCGACCUGGAGAGCAUGCAAGCUGUGGGAACACCCUAGAACCAGAAAGUGGCUUCACUUACCUCCCUGAAGCUUUCAUGGAAGCUGGCAUUUACUUCUACAAUUUUGGCUGGAAGGACUAUGGUGUAGCAUCUCUUACUACCAUCUUAGAUAUGGUGAAGGUGAUGACAUUUGCCUUACAGGAAGGGAAAGUAGCUAUUCAUUGUCAUGCUGGGCUUGGUCGAACAGGUGUUUUAAUAGCUUGUUAUUUAGUUUUUGCAACAAGAAUGACUGCAGAUCAAGCAAUUAUUUUUGUUCGGGCAAAAAGGCCAAAUUCAAUACAAACAAGGGGCCAGUUAUUAUGCAUAAGAGAGUUCACUCAGUUUUUGAUUCCUCUUCGCAACGUGUUUUCUUGCUGUGAGCCCAAAGCACAUGCUGUUACUUUAUCACAGUACUUAAUUCGCCAGCGUCAUUUACUUCAUGGUUAUGAAGCUCGACUUCUAAAGCACGUGCCAAAAAUUAUUCAUCUGGUUUGCAAACUGCUGUUGGACUUAGCUGAAAACAGACAGGUAAUAAAAGAGGACAUUUUAAAGAUACCUGAUCUCUCCGCUGAAAUUGAAAAGACCGUUUCAGAGAUGGUCACAAUGCAGCUAGAUAAAGAGUUAAUGAGACGUGUGAAUGACGCAUCCCUUCCAUUCACCCCCUCAUCAGUGGCAGUAGCUUUUGAGAACCAGGAUGCUGUUUUCUCCAGUGAACAUGACUUUGAUCCUCUUUGGAAGAGGCGGAAUGUUGAAUGCCUUCAGCCUCUGACUCAUCUGAAAAGACGGCUCAGCUACAGUGACUCAGACCUAAAAAGAGCUGAAUUUCUUUUGGAGCAGGGAGAGACUCCAUGGACAGUGCCUACCCAAGUAGUCCUGUGCUGUGACCUCAAGCAGCAGCAACAGCAGCAGCAGCAGCAGCCACUGCCACCGCAACCUGUGAGCCAAGCUUGUGUUCAGCCAUCGCCUCCUCUGGACUUUAAUAAAGAAGCUUUGGUCCGCAAUACAUUUACUUUCUGGAAUCAACCUAAAUGUGGUGGUCUAGAGGGAUCCAGAGAUGAGGGGUCACCCCUUUUCCUUAGGAGAAAGAUUCCAAAGGAAAUCCAGCGGAGUAGAACCUUUUCUUCGGGUUUUUCAGGUGUGCACAACACUGGAGAGUCAGUCCCAGCCAAGGUUGCCAAUGUACCUGGGCCACCAAGCAGCCUGUCCCAGAAAGCUGACCACUGUAAAUAUGACCCAGACAGUAACUGGGGACAAGAUCCUAUGGCUUGUGGUGGGAAUUACUGUGUCCCUCAGAAUUAUGACAUUGCUCCUGGGGCAGAAGGCUUUGUCAAAUCUGAAAACCAAGAGAGUAAUGCCCCACCACAAGCAAUGCCCCUGAGUGUGGAAGCUCGAAGAGUGUUGGCGGCAAAAGCCCUGGCAAAUUUGAAUGAAUUUAUAGAAGAAACGGAAAUAAAACAGAAGGUGGAAAUGUGGCAGAAAGAAUUAAAUUCUCGAGAUGGGGCUUGGGAAAGAAUAUGUGGAGAAAAAGAUCCUUUCAUACUGUGUGGCUUGAUGUGGUCCUGGGUAGAGCAACUAAAGGAACCUGUUAUAACCAAAGAGGAUAUUGACCUGCUAGUCAACAACUGUGCUGAUGUAUCAGAAGCACUUUCCUUAUUAGAAAAGGGGCAACACCAGACAAUUCUUUGUAUCUUGCAAUGUAUAGUGAAUUUGCAGACCAUUCCAGCUGAUGUAGAGGAAGCCUUCCUUGCCCAUGCCAUUAAAUCAUUCACCAAGAUUAAUUUUGAUUCUGAAAAUGGACCAGUGGUUUACCACACUCUGAAAAAAAUAUUUAAGCACGCAUUAGAAGAAAAAAGAAAGAUUACAAAAGAAGGAUCAGAACACACCUCUUAAUGUUUACAGUUCUGUGUUGGGGGUCUUCUGUGGAUCCCAAGAAGGAUCUGUUUAAUCAGCUACUUUUUCGCCCUUCAAUGUUUAUCUUAACUUAACCUGAAGACCAUGAUAACAUUUAUGUUCCUAUGUGAAUAUGUUGAAGUUCUUAAGAGCUGCUUUUUUGUGGUUUUAUUGUGGCAUUUCAUUUAAAGUGAUAUCAUUUUGUAUUAUGUAUGAUAUUAUUUUGAGGCUAUUUAUUGAUUCUGAAAAACACAACCACAUGCUUUAUUUUUGUUUUUGAACAAUUGCCAUAAAGUCAGUGCCAUUUCCUUUUAUUUAGUGAAUUGAACUAAUGUUAUUGUAUUAACAUUUGAAGUACAUGAUGUUUACAUUAAUGUUUUUCUGUUUUAUAUUGUUGUAGAUAACUGACACUACUUUCCAAAACAAUUGUCUUAAUGACUAAAAUGUCUUUGGAAUUUAAAAAAUAGAUACUUUAAUAGUAAAACAACACUAUAUAGCCAUUCCUUCCUGAUAUGUAACUUAAAUAAGUCACCAAGUGUCUUGAAAUGUUGUUUUAUAUUUGUGACUAUGUUUCUGUGGCAAGAUUUUUAAAGAAUUUUUUUUCAUUUGUUUGAGUUUCUCUUGUUUUUAAUAUGGCAAAAUAUUUCAAGGUAUAUUUUUCCAAUAUAAGUAAUUUGAUGUUAAAAGAUUGAAUGUAAUUUGGUUUGGUAAUUUUGUAUUUGGGAAAAGUAGAUCUGCUUUAUUUGUCAGGACCAUGGAUGAACUUUGCCGCACACCAGCCUUUGCCAUCCUAGGAAGGCAGUAUCCAUUCUCAGGACCUAAAGCCUUAUUUCCUCUGUACUGGGUAACUGCUUAGCCAAAUAGCUACACGCUUAUCUUCAAAUUAUCUUCAAUAAGAAAAUAGGAUAAAGGACUGAUUUGACAGUAAGAGACAGAGCUAGGUUUUCAUAAAAUGACCCAUGACCACUGAGAGCAUUUUUCAUAGUAAAGAAAAUUGUGGUUCAAGAAUUUCUUAUAGGGAUUAUGGAAUCCUAAAGGAGUUUCAUUAACCCCAGCAUAUUCUGUCCUUUUGAGUGAGGGCAUGAUUGAAAGGUUUUAAAGAUUUUUUUCCUCUAGAAGUUGUUCUAGAAGUAUGGUUACUCCACGUCAUCUAGAGCUCCUUUUAUAAAUCCCUAGUUCCGUUAUGGAAACUCCCAUAUCUUGAGAUAGGAGGUAAUAGGCUGAGAUGAUGAUGAUGGGACUGAGAAUAUUAGGCACAGUGGAAGAGAUAUUAAAGGGAAUCUAGCAUCAAAGCUUUCUUGUCUUAUCAUCAUUGUCUUCUAUACCAUUUCUAGUUCUGGGGCUUUAUGGACCCUAUCUCAUCAGGACCACGUAGUUCCAAAGGUUUGCCCUAUUAAGAUUUUAUCAUUUUGGGAUUAUAAUGGAUUAAAUUUGGUCCAAACAGGGUACUGUUUUUCAGUUAACAACUGAGUGAUGUUAUGUAGAAUAAGUUG